UCAAUGUCUAUAGUGAUCAUUUGAAGGGAAUUGAAUCAACUUGGCUGCUAAUUUGAAAGCUAACUUGAACAUUUAAAGUGAUUAGUGCUAUUGGGAUGAUGAGUAUCAAUAUUAAUAUGCCAGCAUCGUCAUCGUCUUGUUUGUCUUCACCAAAGAGUAAUUUGAUUGAUAGUCACUGGAAUGAAUCAAAUGAUCAGCCAACUCAUGGAUCAGAAGCUGUUUACGAGAUUUACAACAAUGAUAAUCCUUGUAGUAACCAUAAUACCAAUAGUGAAGAUGAUCCGUUGAACCUUCAAGGGAAGCAGCAACAGGACAAUAUGAUCAACUCCAUUGGGUCAAGCAAUGGCUGUAAAAAUGGUAAUGAAAAUGGUAUUAAUAAUGGCAAUGGUACUGGUGUUGGAAGUAAUCGCGGUGGCAAUGGAAGCAAUAGAAAUCAAAUUGAUCACCAUUCUCACCACUCUCAUCAUAACCAUCAUCAUCAUCAUCAUACAAGUUAUUCAAUCCUUCGAGAUGCUGAUUCAACUGUGGUUGACUAUGGUUAUGAAAGUACAACAACAACAACUGGUGUCUAUCAAUCUCGUCUGAAUGUUAACCAUCAACAUCAUCAUAAUCAUCACCGCAAUUCAAAUGUUAUUCAUAGUACACUUGAUGGUAAACGGAACCAUUCAUUAGCCACUAUCGAAAUGAAACAUCAACAAUUGACUCCAAAUCGAUCCUCAUUGAGACCACAUUCAACUCCGGCAACGUUGCUUUGGUUAGAGGAAAACUAUGAGAUUGCUGAAGGUGUUUGUAUUCCUAGAAGCGCACUUUACAUGCAUUAUGUUGAUUUUUGUGCUCGAAACUGUAUACAACCAGUCAAUGCAGCAAGCUUUGGGAAGAUCAUUCGUCAACAAUUCCCUCAACUAACUACCCGUCGACUUGGGACUCGAGGACAAUCAAGGUAUCAUUAUUAUGGAAUUGCUGUUCGUGAAAAUUCAACUUAUUAUCAACUGGCUUAUUCAAAGAAAGCAAUUACAAGCAAUAAUUUACCUGAUUCAUCCCGAGUCUCUGAUAACUUGAAUGGCAACAAAAGUCUAUCUAACCCAAGUCAAGUGAAUUCACAUUCAAGUAUCAACAAUGGCAGUUCAAUGCAAAAUUUAUCUCCAAAUAACAAUGUUAAUCUAAAUCACGGGCCAAAUGGCAAUACCAAUCCAAGUAAUUCAAAUAAUCGUAAUCGAGUUGGAACUGUUUUACCUGAAUUUCCAACACCAAAUAACUUGAAAUUACCUUCUAAUUUGGACAAUGCAAAGACGGAAACCUUUAUUAUGAUGUAUCGAACUCAUUGUCAACGCAUUUUGGAUACAGUUAUUAGAGCCAAUUUUGAUGAGAUUCAAACAUUUGUCCUCUACUUUUGGCAAGGGAUUCCUACUCAUCUAACAUCAAUAUUAACCUCCAAUGCAUUCAUCAAUCUAAUUGGUAUAUGUGACUCCAUAUUGUACAAAUGUAUGGCCAGUGUUUUGCUUCCAUCAGCUCUUCAAACCUUCCCUGACAGUUUAACUCAAAUUAUAAGAAAAUUUACUCAAGAAUUUGGAUGUUGGCUUAAGGUUGCUUUAUACAAUUUACCCGAUACACUUAAAUCAAUCAAAAUUGACCUCUCUCGACAUCUUGGUAAUUUAUUACGACGACAAACUUCAAUCUCUCAUCUUAUCCAAGCAGCUAGAAUGGUUGUAAAUAAUGGCGAUGUAACUCCUCAAAUGAUCUGUGAUUGGAGAUCAUUGUCAAUUGAUUUAAUUACUCGAGAAGCAAUUCAAAGUUCACACAGAAAUGAAUCAAUAAAUAACAUCAAUUUGGACUUCAUCAUUACAGCUUUACGAGAUUUUGGUCGAUUGUUGGAGGAAGAGUCACCAAUUGAGACUUAUUUUGACUGGCUAAAUGCUCUUGUACAGUAUUGCAUUAUAAAUAACUCCAACAAUUUGAGGUACACUUUCAAGGAAAAUUCAAAACAAUUCUUGUCAACAUGGUCGGCAUUUGCAUCCAGGAUAAUUCAUGAGCUUAGUCUCAAUUCAGCUCCAAGCUUUGGUUCUUUUCAUCUUCUCAGACUUCUUUUUGAUGAAUAUCUGCUCUAUAUCGUGGAGUAUUGUCAAAUUGAUGAAUAUAUUAUGGAAUUGAUGGCCAAUAUUAACGUUGAUUUACCACCACAACCUUUGGAGGAUAAUUAUCUGGUUACUUUAGGUGAAACAAGUGAAGAUAAUCAAGAGAGCUGCCCAUCAACAAACUGUCCAAAUUAUACCAAUGAGGCUGUUUCAUUCAACUCACCAGCUGGGACAUCUGAUGAGUUUCGUCCAGUUGAACAGACCAAUGUUAAGAAUGGCCAUGAAUUUAAUCGUAUAAAUAUUAUAUCGCCUGAUAACUGUAAUUAUUCACCUCCAGCUGACCAUUAUUAUCAAGGUUAUCUUAUACAUGAAAAUGGUACUCAUUUGGCUGCCAAUAUGAACAAUCAUUUAGUCAAUGAAGAUCCAAGGAAAUCCUUCAACUGCUCUGGUGACUAUCAUGGCCAUGUCACUGCAAUUUCUCGGACAAAUGAAAACAAUUAUUCUCGCUGUGGUGCUGUUGAAAUUGUUGAACACAAUUUUGCAAUUGGCGAAAUUCAAGCAGAACCUGUUGAAUCAGUAUCGAUAUCAUCUAACUUACCAUCGCAUGUAACUGAAGAUGUAAACUUUACCUUUUGUCCAAAUCUCAAAACAGAGGUUUACACUGAUUUCUGUUGAUUACAUCUUAGGUAAAUCAACUCAUGAAAUUUGCUUAUUCAAACUAUUGAAUCAGUGUUAUGCUUUAAAAUAAAUUAAACUUAUUGGUCUAUUUGCAUAUUGUAAUUUCAAAUUGUUUGUUGAUUCUGGAAGCAAGAUUUUUUUGCUCUUUGUUUUAAAGAUGGGACAAGAAGACGAACGAGUGGAUGAAUAUUUGCUGGUCCAUCCCAAAGCCGAGGAGAUAAAAGAUUAGGGAAAAGUUGAAUAUAAUGAUCGGGGACAGGUGUGUCAGGUUUUCACACUUGUUACUCUUAGGGAAUUCGGGAUUCCCAUUAAUUUUGACGAAAAAGUCAGCGCCACCUAGAUGAAAUCAUUUUGCAACUAAGAAAUCGCUUAGCGACGUUAACCGCUCAUCAGCUGUUUCAGCCAACUUUUAAAAACAUCAAUUUAAAUUUUGUCCACUUGUUGAUCACAUCAACUUACAACUUGUUAGUGAUACUUUUAAGUUUGUGAUAUUGUUUUUAAUUGUUUUUAAUAUUUUCUUUGAGCUUUCAAUAUGUCAGAUUGCGGGUACACAUCAGAAACUGACGAUGCUUCAGAAACUGAAUAUUUUGAAGAUUUGCAAAGGUCGAAAAACGGUCAUGAUGAGGAAACGGCUGAACGGUCAAAGUUUCUCGAUAGUAUUUACCAAGAAAAAUUAGCUGAUCUUCAAGAUCAACUGAGACAAUUAGAUGAAGGAGUGCACCCAGUUUACGUUGAAAGACUUAAAAAAUGUGAACAGGAAGCUCAAGAUCGAUUGCUUGCAAAUGAAUCUUAUUUGUCUUACGAGCGCGAGAAGAUAGAGAGGGAAUAUACCCUUGAUAAACAGGCAGCGAGACAGGAGUUUGAAAAACGCAAAAAGCAACUUAAGGAAAGUUUGAUUGCUGAUCUGCUCGAGGAAAGGAAACGUAUUGAAGCUGAAAGAGCCAACAUGAAAUUGUGCCCUGAUUCUCCAGAACCUGUAGCAAAAACUACUAGAAAAUUAAGAAGAAGGCAAAAUGAUCCUACACCUGCACAACGUAAACGAGCCGUAUCGAAUCAGCUAAAUUACCAAUUGGAUGAAAAAGAAAUCAAUGAAGAUUUAAAAGCUUUAAAACUAAAAUCUAAAUAGUCUUUUUAUAAUUUCAAGCUAAUUGUGAUAUAAUGGCCAAUCGCCUCAUAAUUAGUAAGUGUUUCUAGUCAAAACAAUCAGCAUGCGAAACAAGGUAAAUCUACAUUGUCAUUUUAUCUAAAACUAGUCACCUUUUACUCGAGAUGUCGACUUUUUAACCAUCUCAAGGGUUGUCUUUUUUAAUAAUUUUUAAUUGAAACAUUUGAAACUAAAUAUUUGUCAGUUGCAUUUAUAUUUUUCAUAUUUUUCAAACUUAUGUGUUCACAUAUUCGAUGCAUUUCUGUGCAAAUUUGAUUCCAUCAUUGAUUUUAAACAAUGAAAAUCCAAUAAUAAUUACUGUGAUAAUUCAAAGACUAUUUAUAUUUUUCAAUAAAACGGUUGAAAUACCAAUUUAUU